AAAAGUUUGGCCGAGAAAAAAGAAUAAACAUAAGACUUUGGGGAUAAUUUAAGUUUCUUAAUUUGUCUUUAAUCUAGUCGAAACCUUUGCGCGUAAAUCUCGGCUAUUUAAUCUUAAUCCCCAACAAAUUAUCUGGUUCCUGUCUUGGUCAUUACCAGAAACCUUUUUCCUCCAUUUCCUCAUUUUACCUCAGCAGAAAUAUCCUACAAAAGAAAAAGGAAAAUUUUUUUUUAAAAAAAAUCUCUUCUCCAAAACCCAAGUUUAUUCUUUUUUUUUGUGGUUUCUUCAAUUAUUAUUGCCACCUCAAGAUUCAUAUUUGAUCUCUCAAAUUUAUAUAAAGGUUCAACCUUUACACAUGAUAUCAUAUCCAAAUAAAAUGCAACAAUGAAAUCAAGUGCUCCCAGAAACAGAGAGAAAUAAAGCGAGGAAUUUCGAAGAAUGUCUAUGAGAAAACCUUUGCAGAAGCCACCUGGUUAUAGAGAAACUGGAAUACCAAUUCAACGGCCGCCACAAUCACCAUUUUACCCAGAAAAAAAUAAUUCGCGUAAAAGGAGUUUCUGCUGCUGCUGUUGUUGUUACUUCUUCAUCAUCUUAAUUUUCUUAAUCCUCUUAUUUAUUGCUGUUGGUGCCAUUCUUUAUCUAUGGUUUGAUCCAAAACUCCCUAUUUUCCACUUAAAAUCCCUCGAAUUCACCAAAUUUAAUAUCACAGACAGUCCAGACGGGCCUAAAUUGAGUGCACAAGCAACAGUUAGUGUAGAGCUAAAAAAUCCAAAUAAACAGCUCAAGAUUAUAUAUGAAAAAACAAACAUAGAAUUGAAAGACGAAGAUGGUGUUACUUUGGGUAAUGGAAACGUUCCAGGCUUCGUCCAGGGGACGAAGAAUGUGACAGUGGUUAAAUUUGAUAUUAAUAUGAAUGAAUUGUUAUAUAGCGAAAAUGUUGCGAAAGUAAGAGAUGGAUUAAAGAACAAGAGUUUGAAGGUUUCUGCUGAUGUUGGAACUGGUUUUGGAAUUGGAUUUAGUGGUUGGAAAAGUGAAACAAUUGGAGUUAGAGUAAGUUGUGGAGGUUUGAGCUUGAAGCAAAUGGAAAAUGGAACUUCACCCAAAUGCCAAAUUACUGUGCUUAACAGAAUUCAUCUAGAUUGAUUAUUUUUUUCAUGUCUAUGGGCACGCAUCAGAGGCAGAGUCAAGAUUUGAAGCCAGCUCCGACAGACAGGAGGAAUAUGAGUUACUACAGUGCUAUGUUAUACAUGCAUAACAUACUACAUAUAUAUACUUAUGUACAUAUUAUGAUUUAUGUAUAUGAUUUUGAAUAACUCAAGCCAAAAUAUAUAUAACCCUAUAGAUAGUUAGCUGCAUAUAUUGCUUUAAACACCUGGUAUAUAUAUUAUAGGUGAAGAGAAAUGGUAAGGAGGAAAAGAAUGAAGUAUAGUAUUAGUUGCAUAUAUAGAACUAGGGGUGUUCUCUCCAUUUCUUAGUAGGUGUCUUUGUACAAAAAUGUCAAGUGACUAUGUAUACUAGGAAAGGCAAUAUGAUUAUGUACUAUCACUAAAGUGUA